UUUAAUUUAAGACUAAAUUAAUAAAAAAAAAAUGAAUAGUCUGACAUCCUAGGUGAUAAAUAGACUGGACAGGUCCUUAUGUAGGACUUUCUACUCUGUUCAAACACUUUCUACUACAAGCCUCCUUAAACUCAUAUUCACUGUUUGUUUUUCUGCUCCAUCUCCUGAGCCCAUGCUGUUCACUCAUUGACAGAGCUGUUUAUUAAAACAGCUGCUGGAUACAAACACACAAACUUUAUCAGUCAGUUGAGGGAAGGUGACAGUAGUGUCAUAACAGGGUCAUGUCCACAGACCUGGAGACACGAGGAGAGUUUUUGGAUGUGUUUAAUAAAUGUGUCCAAUCUAUUCACAGAGCACACGAUGGCCACACCCAUGGAGGAUGUUGGCAAACAGGUGUGGCGUGGGGCAUUAUUCAUGGUGGACUUCAUCCUCUCAAACCCAGUCAUGUUCAGAGGAGCUACAGUCCUAGAACUAGGAGCAGGGACAGGCUUAACCAGCAUCAUCACAGCAACCAUAGCUAAAACAGUCUACUGCACAGAAUACACCGAACUAGAAACCAGUACGAUAACUACUUUCCUUUGUCUGAUCUUUGCAGAUGCUGCUGUGGAGUUUAGUUGGACAAAGGAGGAGGUAGCAGAUCUGAAUAACACUAGCAUCAUAAUUGCUGCUGAUGUUUGUUAUGAUGAUGAUCUGACGGAUGGCCUAUUCCGAACACUGCACCGACUCUGCAGCAACUUUCCACACACCUGCACUGUCUUCAUCUCCAUUGAGAAAAGGAUGAACUUCACCCUGCAGCACAUGGAUGUUUCCUGUGAAGCCUAUGAUCAUUUCAUCCACUGUAUGAACCAACUUCAGGACCUGGAGAACGGACAAUGUAGUUUCAGAGUCGAUCAGCUCCCUUCUAACUUUGAUCAGUUUAUUUUAUAUGAACGUGUAGAACAACUGGAGCUGUGGAAGGUGACUGCGACUCCUCUUCCUUUUAAGCCAGCCAGAUCUGAUCCGGAAGCAUUUUAAUGUUGAUCUUGUACCAGCACCAAACCAAAGUGAAGAGAAACUUUCACCCAAAAUUUGACCUAAAAUAUGUUUCAAGUUUACAGUUGAUGUUUUAAUUACAUAUAUUUAUAAAAAAAAAUAUAUGUAUAAAAUUAAAUGUAGU